CACAUAAACAUAAAGUGACUUCUAAUCUUGUAUAAGCUUAAGUGCAAUAUAAAAAAAAAAAAUAAAUAAAACAAAAAACGAAAGUUAACCUGUUUUCACUAUAAGGAAAGGGCAGGAUUUAUCAAGAGCUUAUUGAAGAACCACCAAGUAGGACUAACCAUGAGACUUAUGGCAUGCAACUGCUUGAAUGUUAGAAUUCAUAGUCUGGGGAAAGCUCAAGAUGUAACAGAUGUUGGAGACUUGCAACUAUCUGAAGAAGCUAAUAAUGAUCCAUUUUUUACCUACCAACUUCAAGAUGUGCAACUAGAUUUAGGUGGAGUAACUGUGUCACAAAAGCUUUUAUCUACUGUUCGAGAUGUAGAAAAGUGGAAAAUAACGUCUUGUGUUCAAUGUGAUAUGGAUGUUUGUGCCAGUCAUGAGAAUACGCCUGAUAGAGUUGUUAUCAAUGCUAACAUUGUGACUGAUCAUGACUGUGUAAAGCAAAAAAUGGAAAUGGAGAACUAUUCACCUUUAUUUAAACUACUGCUCCCGGAAAUUAAUGACAAUUUCAUUCAAAACAAUAAAGGAAUCGACUUUCAGAAAGGAAUUCUGGACCGCACUAUUGAUAGUGUCCAAAGUCAAGUUUCUAAAUUCUUAAAUUAUGAAUGCUGUUCAAUGAGGGAACGCAUCAGACUACAUGCCGAAAGAGAGCAGGCAACUUAUACUGAACUAUUACACAAGGUACGAAAAGAAAAGCAAGCUAUGGUUUACUUACUUCUGAUUUCAAAGAAAAUCGAUCCUACAUUAGAGCCAUCGACAGCUGAUUCGCCAUUAAACUCUCCUGAUGCAACUGUUAACAAAGAUAAUGUUACUGAAUCCUCUACUUCAACAGAUUCUGCAUUUGACCGAAGUGAAAUAUCUGAUACUUCUGAAGGGGAUAAGAACCAAAAGAAUCCUAGGACUCUUAGAAGGGCUGUUUCAAAUCCAGUUGGAUCAAGAAAUAAAGCAAAGAGGCAAUUAAGACAUGCACCUCGAAGUAUUGAUGUUGGUGGUGUUUUUGACAUGGAAGAAUUUGACGAUAAGGAGCUUGAAUAUGAUUCUGGAGAUUUCACUGAUGGUUCUGACAACAAUUCAGAUGAAGUUAUAAAUGAAAAAAGUCAGAUUUCAUUUCCUUCUUCUUUGCCAAUGUCCAUUCCAGCUUUUACUAAUCUGAAUCGUUACAUGGUUGCAGAAGAAGAUGAUGAACCGAUUCAACAUCUUACUGAUCCAGAGCAAAUUGCAGCUAGUUUUAGAGCAGUUGCUAACAGUGUUUGUGAUGGUACUGAGAUGUUUGGUGAACUACCAAGAAGACGCUUGAACACUGGAGAACUUCUGGCUUACAGGCCAUUUUAGAAAUUGGAUGAACCAAUAUCAGGACUCUGAUAUCUUUCAACUGGUGUAUGGGUUACAGAACUUUAUCAUGGAAGUUCUUUUUCUUGUUUUCAACUUUAACGAACUUGAUCCUGUUUGUGAAAUAAUGAGCACUGUCAAAAAGGCUCGAAUGUUUCCGUGUUAAAAUCAGAAUUGAUAUUUUCAUCUAAUGCUGUAAUAUUACCAGCAUUGUUCACCUGUUUCUGGAUGUAAAUCAUGAUGUUUCAUUACAUACUUAUACAUGUGGUAAAGGCUAUUGGAGUAAAAUAAUGUUUUGUAAUUUUUCUUUUAUGCAGCUGUAACGUUAAGCAUCUAUUGUUCUGAAUUGAUUUUCAAAAUAUUUGUUGACCCUUCAAGAUGCUUGUACAAGUAUACGUAACAUGUUCAUCUUUUGAUACAUCUUUUGAUGUGAAAUAUGUUUUGUGUGGAAAAUACUUGUUAAAAGUAUCUCAUAUUCAUUUCUAAUACUGUUAUUUGAGUGCUUUGUUAAAAAAUGAACUAUUUUGUAAAUUAAAAUUUUGAUUAUUAUUAACCAAAUGAAAUAAGUUGUUUAUGUUUGCAAUUUCAAAAUUUACCUAAAUGUUUUAUUUAAAAUUUUAGUGUAAUACUAAACCUUGUUAUCAAUAGCUUGUUUUGAUAUUAAAGCAGUUUUUCAACUCUCCCUAGAGCUGGUUCUUGGAGAAAAAAAUAAGUAAUGAAACAAGUUUAAGAAAUUUUAAUGCUGUUCAUGGAAUUUUUAAAUUAAAAAAAAAUUGCUGAAUUUUAUUUUUCAAUCUAUAGCAUCUGGUUUUUAAUUUGAAAUGUUUAUUGAUGAUUUUUUACACUUUAAAGUUUUAAUUUUUAGAAUAUCUUAAUAUUUGUGUCAUGUUGUGUUUGUUAUUCUUGCAUGUUUCUAAAGAGCUUAGUCAUAUUAUUUUUUAUUUUUCAUUGGAGUAUCACAGGAAAUGUACUUCAUUAAAAUUAUAUGUGAUAGAACAAUUUCGUAGUCUGUUUUAAUGAUGUGUCAAAAGUUGAUUCCAUUGCUCAUGGCUUUUAUAUGAAAUACAAGAUAAAGUUUUUACUAUUUGUUCGAAAUGUUCCAUCUUCCAAUUCAUUGAUAUAGUGUUCCAUUUAUAGAUUCUUUGAAAGAUUGGUUGUGUAAGCUGCAUUUUACUAUUUUAUUUACUCUUGUUAUUAGUUUAAUUAGAUAUUCAUUGCGGUUUCUUUAAAAGUCAAUAACACACUAGACUAGCAUAAAAUAAAUUUAAGCUAAGUAUAUUUGUUUUUGCAUUCAGCUAAUUAACUUAAAUACAUUUCAUAUCUGCAUUCUUUGCAGAAUAUUUUACCAAUAUCUCCGAUUUUGAAACUGAUUAAUGUAUUAAAGCUGAUAAUUUUAUACAACUACAAAUAAAUUUUACUUAAAAUAAAGCAAAUAAAAAUAGUCACAUAAUGUAAAUAAGAUACUUUUCUAUGGUUAAUAUGUAGUUAAUUUUCUAAUAUAAUUGGCUAGUUUUUUUGAACCAUUUCCAAAAAAAAAAAAAAAAAAACAAAGAAUCCCAUUCAAGAAGACUACACUAACACACACAUCUUUUAUGAUCAAUAGUUUUUACAAAAUAUGUUGUGCCUUUUUAAGAAGUUUCUAAAAUCUGUUGUCAAUAGGUACACGAACAAAGGUGAAAAACUAAAAUAGAUAUAAAAACUAAGUACAAAACAUUGUCAACUUCAUAAAAUUAGAUUGUACUGGCUUUCCAGAAAGUCAAUUUAAGCAUGAAGUUAAUUCAUUGAAACUUUAAUAAUGCUUACAGAUGUUUGUCUAUAAGAUCUGUAUGUGCACCACCAGAAACCUUGCACAGCUUAAUGCCCAUCCAUGUCCUUUUAUCACUCACUUUAGCGACUGUGGCAUAUGAUGUUGGAAAACUUUGCACAUACUUGCCUGCAGAGCAACAGUAUCCACAUACUGCUUCUUCUUGAUAGCUCAACGCCGGGUGUCAUAAGGCGAAGACUUCAAGGUAUCUAGGGAUAAAGUGCUGGUAAAUAAGUAUGUUCUAUCAAUUGGCCAAAGAAUGACUCAUUCUGGCUUUUACCUGGAAGUUACAUUGCAAUUCACAUGAGAAGUUUUAUUACUUUAUCAAUCAUUAGGAUGGAAACGUCAAAUCCAGAAUAUUACAAUUUUACACUCUUACAGACAUUUAGUUUACAUAAAAAUGAACUUUCUGGCAACCUUGAAUUGCAAAAAUUUCAGUAGGUGCAUAAUGCAAUUUUUAAUUAAUGCAUGCUCAUUUGAAAUUAAGUUUUAACUUUUUGGAGAAUGCAAAACAUAAGUUUUCAGAUUAUAGUUUUGCUAUGGCAUUUAUAACAGCAAACAUCUGUUACUUGAGGAGAUCUGGUAUAUCACAAUUUAAAGCUUAUAAAUCAUGUUUCAGUAUUUCAGUGAAUUGGAUUUUUAUUUCAUCUUAUCAACUAAAUUGUUUAAAAUUUGAUGUAAUUGCUUGAAUACUCUAGAUUGAGUAAAAGCUUUACAACAUUACAAUUUUGUGAAUAGACUUGUGAGAGACUGUUUUCCAGCCUCUUAUUUCCAACAAUAGUGUUUCGUAGCAGUUUUAAGGCAUUGUAGUCCCCUUUCUUCUAGACACAAAAUAUUGCACUAUAGAAACUCAAUAGUUAUUUGUUUUAAAUCUAAAAUAAUUUUUGUAGCCAUUGAAUUUCCAAAAUUUUCUGGGAUAUAUUCUUACAUUGUUUUUAGCAAAUGUGUUUUACUGCAAUUUUUCCCCUUUAUAAAGUAUUUAAAUACUAGUUUGUGCUAAGUUUGCUCAUAAAAUUGCGCUUAUGAAUUUAGUAAAUGUUUACAAUGUCAUUAAAGAUCUCAUUAUUUCUUAAUUUUUGAAAUUUUCUCUCUUUGUCUUAUAAGUAUUUCAGCAUAUUGAGUUGAAAAAGUUAUGUUUUACAAAAAUGGCAGACAAAGAGCUUCUAAAGUGCCAAGCCACUGAGAAAACCAGGAAAAUCAAAUUUUCACUAACCUAGAUAAGUCUUGUAAUUGGCAUAUUUGUCAGACAGAGAUUCAGAUACAAAAUGCCAAUCUUUUUUUAAAAAAUGAACGAAAAGUUUUACAAACUUUCAUGAAAAAUAAAAGGCACAAUCUGAUUAAAAGCUUCCACAGUCAAAUUUUAUAAACUCUAUCUUAAUUUAAUUUGCCGAACUAUCCUUCCCCCCCUUCUAAAAAAAAAUAUCUUCUUUUGGUGCUGCCUAAAACACUUUGCUCAAAAAACAUAAUGCUUUGAAUAGUUGUUCAUAUGGGAGGAAAGUGUGCUCUUUCUCUAAAAUACAUUGCUCUAUCGGACAAGUAAUUUUUUCUUAAAAUGAAUAUAAUGUGUGAAGUUUUCCUUUAAUUUUCAACAAAGCACCAUCAAACAAAGAAUAAAAUUAAAAUGUAGUUUUUGAUUUUUCAUGAUUUUUUUUUUUUUUUUUUUUUGUCCUUACUCUGUAUUUUAUAUGUAUGUGUGUGUGGCCUCUCUCUAAAAGAGUAUUUUUAUUCAUUAAAAUAGAUAAAAUAUCUAUUCCUGCAAUUCUUAAAAUGUGUUACAAAAUUAUUUUCUGAUAGAGCUGCUUUGAAGCAAAUAAUUAAGUAAUCUUUUCUAAUAUUUUUCAUCAGUAUUGAAGAAACGUUUCAAAACUGACUUGUGUAAACUGAGACAUUGUUUUGAUAGAUCAUAAACUUUAUUUUGUAACUGACAUAGUACUUUGUUUUUGCAGUAGGUUUUUUUUUUUUUUUUUUUUUUUUUUUUUUGCGUACAACUAAAAUUUGUACUGUUAAUUUUAAAAUCUGCCUAAUAGACGUCAGCUUAUUUUUUUUAUAAUUUUGUUUUUGAUUUUCUGAAGUUUGCAGCUUUUCUGUCUGUAUUUUCCUAAAAAUUUAGUAUUUUUAGAGUUAAUGUUCAAGUAAUAUUAACAGUUCAGCUUUUAAUUCAUUUUCAAAAAUGUGCUUCAUUCCACAAGUACAUUGAAAACCUUCAAACCUUAUCACAAUUAUUGCUAUAUGUGCCAUGUGUAUAAUCUUCCAAAUUAUCAUCCUUUGUGAUUGGCAGCUAUAGCAUGUUACUUACUUAUAUUUUAGUACAAGAAGCAAAAACUGGGAGUUUAUGUAUUUCUUAUAUGUAUUGAAGGUAUCAGGAGAAACUUUACUUUUUUUUGAAAAAAGGGUCAUGAGAAAGUCGGGUAAUUUUUAAAUUCAAAACCACUUGACUUCUUUUUAAAAGCAAGUUGUGUCAAGGAAAAUGGCAAUUUUACCUUUUGUAACCUUAUACAAACAAAAUAUACGUAAUUAAGGGUGUUUAGAAUAUUACUUAUGCUUGAAAUAUUUUUUUUUUCCUUUCAAAAAACAUUACUAAUGAUAUUCAUCUGUAAACUGGUAGUACAGGAUUAACUUAAGUGAUUCAUUGAGUUUCAAACCACUUUCUUUAUAAGUAUAUGACCUAUAAAUACUGGUGGAUAUAUGAAAGAUACUCCUUGCUUCUGGUACAUUGUACAACUAUUCAAUGUAUAUACCUUAGUUACCCGGUCCAUAACCCAAGGGUAAUCUAGUUCUAUUCUAAUGUUCAUCACAGCAGCAGUGAUGCAUUUCUGAGAGGUGCCGACCGGGGGGGGGGGGGGAAUCAUGGCACAAACUGCAACAUGAAAAUUUUCAAGGGAGUAUUUUUAGGGAUAAUUGUUCAUUUCUUUUGGGGUGCUCUAGGUUUUUUUUUUGGGGGGGGGGGGUUGCAUCGUUGCUCUUAGGUGCUCUGCAUUUGCAUGUAACAAAAUGUUUGGUUGAAGAGACUAACAGCUUUUUAUACCAUAGUAUUGUAUUGUUUUAGAUCAGCAAUAUUAUUGGUAAAGUUUUCAGUUACAUGAUGUGAUAACAUUACUUUGAAUUAUAUUUAAAAUCAGAAAAUGUGUAAUGCUUCAGUAAAAUUACAACUCUCUAAAGUAUUAUAAUUUUUUUUUUCCAUCCAAAUUGAAGACCUUGGUGCAAGAAGGGGGCAGCUUCUUUUUUAAACAAAAUUGAGGUAUUGCAAAAAUAAGUGUGAAAAUAUAAUUUUUAAAGAUUUUGUCUUUAUAUUCAACAUUAUCUUAGAAUAUGUCUCUAUAAAACUAACUUCAAUGGAAUUUUAAUUUAAUAAAAGGUGACCUACAUGAUUGUAAAUAAUUAAUAUCAAGCAAUGUAAAAUUGAGCAGAAUAGUGCAACCCUGCUCCUUUUAAAAUGUGAACUCAGAAACAAAUGUUUCUAUAUUUGCUUCAAGAGCAAAGCAUACAUUUGAACACAACAAGCUGUUUGUGUAUUUUUAUUCUACGCACUCUUGCAUUUAAUUAAAUGCUUGGGAAAUGUCUUACAUAAAAGUGUUCAUCUAUCACACAGUACAAAAAUUCAAAGCGGUACAACACUGCUUGAAUCAUCAUAUUCCUAUUUUUUUAAAGUACUCUAGAAUAUAUGCAUACAAAAUUAAGUAAUUUUAAUUCAAUUUUAAAGUAAGAUAAUUUUAUCAUUGUAAAAUUACUCUAAUGUAUUUAGCGCACAAAUGUAUUGCCAAAUAUUUUUUAAUACACAAGUAAAUCAUUUUGACCGAUGUUCUAAAAGUUUUGAUGAUACUUUGUACUUUAUUUUAAUGAAA